AUCAGUUCACAUCGAUCGUUCCAAGCAUUCUCAACUGUUAUAACACACUAUAAAUCGUCAAUCAUUCUUAAAUCGACCUAUCAAAGUAUCACCGCGAAAACAAGAUGGUGAAGAUUAUGUUACAAGUCGCUAUUCUCGUAUUGACCACUUUAGUGGCCAUUACUUUUGCUGAACACGACGCUACAUCCUACGCGUUUUACCAUCCGAAAUUCGAAAACACCCAUCACGAUGGACACGACCAUUACGCACCACCCCAUUACACGUACAAGUACGGUGUCAAAGACCCGCACACGGGCGACCACAAGCACCAGUCAGAGCACCGUGAUGGUGACGUAGUGCACGGCGAGUACAGCGUGGUGGAGCCAGACGGUCGAGUCCGCAAGGUGACUUACACGGCCGACAAGCACAACGGAUUCAACGCGCACGUCCACCACGUCCACCACGCCCACCACCCUCAACACUACGGACACCACGAACACCACGAAGAGGAAUGAUUCUCGUCGACCGAUCAAUAUACCAUUAAUAAACCAUAAUAUACCUAUAGCUAGACGUCUCGAGAUAAAUCAUAAUAUACCCAAUAAUUAAUGAUCGUAAUAAAAUAUGUAUACCAUUCUAUUGCUGUGAAAACUCGUUCCACGAAUGUAUAGACGUCGCAGUUGUUUUUAUUUUUGUUAUUGAUUAUUAUUUUGUUUAUGUCAACGAUUUGUUAUAUUAUUAAAUAUUAUUUUUGUUAUUUAAC